GCCACAUUGGCAACUGUAGUUUACAAGUGGUCGCGAGAGACAGAAACAUUUUGAUCAAAGAAAUGAGCUGAUAUAUCGUCAAAGUAGGGCCAAGCGAAGACGCUGACAUGGCUGACGACAUAGACGACCUCUUGGACGAGGUGGAGACGAAGUUUCUGGAGAAGAAGGAGAAAUCUGGAGGUGUUUCCAAGACGUCGAAGGCGCCGGUGUCCAAAACAAAGACGACCGUCCCAACCAGGAAGACGUCUACAGGUGAUGCUGACCUGGACGCUAUGAUAGAUGACAUCUGUGAAGCACCUGAACCACUGGAACCACUGAUGGACAAAGCACCAGCCCAAAAUUCACCUAGGACUCCACGAGGAGUGGAGGGGAAAAGAAGGUGUGCAGUGUUGUACCUAGGAGGAAGCAAGCAUGCCAUGGGCCUGGGCAGUAGUAUGAACCAAAGAUCGUGUGACCAGUUACGCUGCACGGACUGUGACUUUCGCGUCGUGUUUUACGACAACUACGAGUGGGACGCCACAUGCGAGUACCUGUUCUUCAGAAACAACGUCCCCGACUUCGCUAAACUCAAAGCCAAACUUAACAAGAGAAAAGGAAGUAGGGCCUAUGCUUGCCAGUGCAAGUGGACAUCAGUGCAAGACCUCGUAGACAUUCAGAAGAAAACAGACUUCAAAUGGGUUUGUGGGAAGCAUGACUCAUAGCAGGGCCGCAGAGUACUGUAUGUUCUGUUAAUAGACCGAUCCUUGCUGUACAUCAUACAAUGUAAUUAGCAGCUCAACCAAUGAGAGAAUGGCAAUUAGCAGUUUGACCAAUGAGAGAGUGUGUUCGUGAAAUAUUUGCAUCUUCAAAUGGGUUUGUGGGAAGCACGACUCAUAGCAAGGCGGCAGAGUACUGUAUGUUCUGUUAAUCCUUGCUGUGCAUCAUAAUUAGAAGCUCAACCAAUGAGAGAAUGGCAAUUAGCAGUUUGACCAAUGAGAGAGUGUGUUCGUGAAAUAUUUGCAUCUUUGCAUUUCUACGUUUUGACAGAAUUGGGUGGAGCUAUGGAAUCAGACUUUAGAUGAAGCAGUUUUU